AUGGUAUUAACACCAGAUCCAAGAUCUCUCACUUCGCCGGACGACAGCUUCCCCACCCUCCAGCUCUUUCUUCUCGCAAUAUGUCGCGUCGCCGAGCCGAUUGCGCUGACCUCCAUCUUCCCAUACUCAUGGGUCAUGGUCAAGGAUUUCCACAUGGCUAGUGGCAGUGAUGCUUCUUUCUAUGCUGGUGUCCUCAUUUCCGCCUUCUCUCUUGCCGAGGCCAUGACCGGCAUGUUUUGGGGCAGUCUGUCCGACCGCGUUGGUCGCAAACCUGUGCUACUUUCGGGUUGCUUUGGUACCAUGCUCUCCUUGCUCCUUGUCGGCUUUGCACCCAACUUUUGGGUCGCCCUGCUCGGUCGAGCGCUGGGCGGUGCACUCAACGGGAACAUCGGGGUCAUUCAAACAAUGGUCGGGGAGCUGGUCAAGCGACCUGAACAUGAACCGCGAGCUUAUGCUAUCAUGCCAUUUGUUUGGUCAAUUGGAACUAUCAUUGGACCAGCGAUUGGAGGUUUGCUCGCGAAACCUACAGAGGGCUAUCCGUCUAUCUUCCCAGCGGACGGCCUCUUUGGACGAUUUCCCUAUCUUCUUCCCAAUCUCGUCUGCUCUGUUAUGCUGCUUUUGAGUAUCAUCGGCGGAUGGCUUUUCCUUCACGAAACGCACCCGGAGAUGCAACCCCACAGCGCUCACCGGUUCUUCGAGCAUACCUCAGCCGAACAGCCUCUUCUUGCCACAUCAGGUGCCACGGCGAACGCAGGGGUCGAUCUUCGCGCCGAGUCCUACGGCACCUUCAACCAAGUCAGCCUGCACGAAGACACCAACUGGGAUGUGAUGGCGGACGGAUCGCAUCAAGCAUGGAAGGAAACCACCAAGCCCAAAGCCUUCACUUGGCGGGUGACUAUGCUAGUCGUUGCGCUGGCCAUUUUCACUUACCACUCCAUGACCUAUGACCACCUGCUGCCCAUUUUCCUUCAGGACGAAAAUAAUCGCGGCCAUUCGACGGGUCACAACUCGUUCCUUGACAUUCCAGGUGGCGUUGGCCUUUCGACACAGACUGUCGGUAUGAUCAUGUCAACCGACGGUAUCAUCGCUCUGGCCAUUCAAAGCGUGAUUUUCCCUGCCUUGGCCCAAUGGCUUGGUGUGUGGCGCUUGUUUGUCGUUGUGACGGUCCUCCAUCCUAUUGCCUAUUUUAUGGUUCCCUUCAUUGCCCUCUUGCCUCGGAAUUUCGUCUUCCCGGGAAUCUACGCUUGCUUGAUCGUUCGAAAUAUCCUAUCGAUUAUCGAUUACCCGGUUCUUCUCAUUCUCAUCAAGCAGGCUAGUCCGUCUGACUCGGUGCUCGGUAAGAUCAACGGUCUGGCUGCCUCGGCUGGCGCCGCAUCGCGCACGGUAGCACCUCCCGUCGCCGGAUAUCUUUACAGUACUGGCGUGGAGAUUGGCUGCACUGCACUUGCUUGGUGGGGAAGCUCGUUCGUUGCACUCCUUGGCGUUGUGCAGCUGUGGUUCAUUCAUCAGAAGAAGUACUCGACGGCCACUAUCACUCCUGCUGCUCGAUGCCGAUACAUGUCUGUAUCGGAGCAGCCACGGAACGAGGUGGUGCACAUCACUGUGACGGACGUGGCCACAGAGGCUGCCCCGGGAGCCGAGUUGAGAAAUACUGCUGCUCAGUGA